AUGGAAGCCAGCUGGGAAUUGCCUACUCUGAGGGGCACCAUCCGACUAGGCGCCUCACUACAUGCAUCGCUGACCACUUUUGUACUAGCCCAAUUCUACGACGUCGACUUCUAUCCUUACACUGCACCCGGCCUGGAUCCCGUUUUCGCUACUAUUGUCUGUCGAUGCAUUCUCGACAAGAAUGGUACCAUCGAGAUCUUGCGCUGGUUUGAAGAUGAGGAAAGCACUGCAGAAAAUGGUUCAGCGAAUCCCAAGCAAAUCAGGUACAACAGUGUCGUAUGGUCUCAGGCUACCAAUGGAGACCCACUCGUCUGCGUAGCUUGCGACUCCCGUAUCAAGGUUCUCAAUGUCCGAACUGGCGAACUUUCGGCGGCAUUCACAUACACAUCUGACGCCAAGCAGUCCGUCAACGACCUUGCCAUAUCCCCGGUCGAUCCCACCAUCAUCGCAUCAGUCAGCAUUGACCACAGCCUCCGAUUGUGGAGCCUGCACCCUUCGCAUGAGAAGCAACCGCUUGGGGCCGUAUGCUACGGCCAAGGUCACAAAGAUCAAAUCUUGACCCUAUGGGCUGUCCCGGAUGAUCUCAAAGAACAUGCCGGAACCGAUAAGCCGGUAAUGGUGCAUUACCCGCAUUUUUCCACGACUGAAAUCCACACCGAUUUUAUAGACUGUAUCCAAUGGUACAAUGAUCUGAUUUUUAGUCAUGCAUGCCGAGAAGGCAAGAUCAUCCUCUGGAGUAUCGACCAUUUCAGCUCAGACCAUCCCGUUACGCCUCCUGCACCUAUUCCGACAUCAAGCGCAGUCAACAGUCGCACACCAGUCACAAUAUCAGCCAAUCUGACAUCAAACACACGGUCAGCAUGGGGCGGUCGCUUCCAGCGUCUGCUCCAGUUUGAUUUGCCACACACUAAUCAGUUCUACAUUCGCUUUUCCCUCUUCCACGAACUCGGCCAUCAUCCGAUCUUGGUUGCGGGCAAUGAAAAGAGCAAGACAUUUUUCUGGGACCUUCAACGCCUUGAAAACUCUGGGACGGGAGAAUCAAGUACAGGGGAUGAUAAGCUCUAUGCCGGAAAAGAAUUGCCGCUGGGUCUUCCCCGACAUGUUCGAGAAGGCAGCUCAGCCUCGACCGCCUCCUCUGCCAUUAGCGCCGGCUCCGGGAACACUAAGAUGAAGCAAAAGAAAGUGAAGGAGGUUGUUCGUGAUAGAGGCAUAUCCGACCCUUUCCGCUCCAUCAAAGCACACAAGAUUGUGGAGACACCAAAGUACAAAGCUUUCGCCUUUCGCCAUUUUUCAUGGAGCCGUGAUGGCCAGUGGUGUGUCGCUGUAGGCGAUUGUGGUACCAUCAAUGUCUUCAGCCGUUGGGAAAAAGGCGUGCCGCCAAUGAACCCUGACCAGGAGAUAACAGUACAAGAUGAACCAAGUAUUAGUCAGUGA